CCCACCCACCCCUAAACCCCUCCAAAGCCUAAAAUUUCAUUGCAGAGGGAAAAAAACUCUUGCAAAAUAUUUCCGAAAAGAGAAAGCACUAACAUGCGCCGUCGAUGGUGAUAUACAGAUCGCUAAGAACUUUAACCACUAAAAACACGAACCAGAAUAGGACUUUCCUAACAGCAACAGCAACUUCUAUAAUCCCAUCUCCAUAUACUACUUCUCCUUUCUUUUUUUACCCCUUGCAUUACCCUCCUCCUCGUUACUCCCUAACUCGUUUCCUUUCUCCUCUGUCCAAAUGGAUCGCUCUUCAAGCUCAUGGCCCUCUGUUCCUAUCUUCGCCUCCUUGGAAGCUCUUGCAAUCAUCCACUCCGCUUUACCUCCGUGGAAACGCUGUCGUUUUGAGAAAAGUGGAGGCGUUGAACUUGAAUUUGCUUAGGAAUCGAAUCGGCACUGGAUUGACCUCUCAGACAGUUUUGGAUCGGGUCCAGGAAUUGAAGAAAAAUGCUUCUGAUGAUGGAUUUUUGGAGAGUUUUGUGAAUCUUCCUAAUUUCAUCUCUCUGACCCGUUUGGUUUCUGGGCCUUUGCUUGGAUGGAUGAUCACAAAUGAAAUGUAUUCUUCUGCAUUUGUGGGGUUGGUUCUCUCUGGGGCAACUGAUUGGCUAGAUGGGUACGUUGCUAGGAAGAUGAAAAUUAAUUCGGUUGUUGGUUCCUACCUUGAUCCUCUUGCUGACAAGGUUCUUAUUGGAUCAGUUGCAUUGGCAAUGGUGCAUAUGGAUCUUCUACACCCUGGACUUGUGGGACUUAUUGUGUUGCGAGAUGUUGCCCUUGUUGGUGGUGCAGUAUAUCAUAGAGCUAGUAGUUUGGAUUGGAAGUGGAACAGUUGGUAUGAUUUCUUAAAUCUUGAUGGAACCCGUCCUGAGAAGGUGGAACCUUUGUUCAUAAGCAAGGUCAAUACCGUUUUCCAAUUGGUAUUAGUUGCCACAACCCUUCUUCAACCAGAAUUCGGAACUGAGGGAACUCAAUCGUAUACUACAUAUUUGGGCUGGUUAGUGGCUGCCACGACAGUGGCUUCUACAGCUGGAUAUGGAGCACAAUACGUGAGGAAUAAACCAGCAUUGCUUGCAAGGAAAUCACAGCUUUAGUUUUUUAUGGCACAACUCUGGCGGAAAAACUUGAGUUUUGAGUACAGUUUUUGAAUUUUUAGAGUACUGUACAAGGGUUUUCUGUAUUGGCAUAUAAAAAGAAAUUUGCUAACUUGGAUGUUGAAUAGGACCCCGUUGGAUUAACCACAGUUUUAUGACCACUGAGAUUGCUUGCUGUGUAACUUUUAGGACAGAGGGACAGCCUGUGGAACCUGUCUUAUCACUUCACAUUCGGAGUCAGUUUAUUAACAUUCCGGGGCCUCCAAAAUAUUAGCCCUAAACCCUAAUCCUAAAAUCAAAUUGUUGAUUACUGUAAAAUAUUUGUAGAUUACAAUUAAUCUGCUUUGAAAA